AUGUCAGGUGGUGCGGCCCUACCGGUUUCCCAGAUGGAGUUGCAGAAGGUGAAUGAAGUACAGUUCGAGAUAUUUAAGGAAAGGCAAAUCAAAAGUUACGCCGUGUGCCUUGUCGAGCACGCCAAGUCGUAUGAACGCGGCCGACCAGUCCGGGGAGGCAUCAAUGAUUUGCGUAUGGGUACCACUGACUUCGAAUUCGCAUGCGAGACAUGCCAUAGGAAGCACCCAGAGUGCCCUGGACACUUCGGAUACAUCGAGCUCGCAGAGCCUGUCUUUAAUAUUGGCGUCUUCGAUCUUGUACUGCAGGUGUUGAAGUGUGUUUGCAAAACGUGCGGGGCUCUCCUCCUUAACACGCGCGAACAGGACGUACAUAAGAAGUUGCAGCACAUGACAGGCCUCAACCGUCUUCGGCAAGUUGCGAAGAUGGCUGAGGCAAAGUGCCGCGUCUCCACCAGCACCGAAGACGAUAUGGGGAUUGACGGCUUUGAUAGUGCCCCUUUCAAUGGCGGAUCAGGAAUGGGGCCAGGCGCGACACGGGGUUGUGGUGCGUCUCAACCCCGCGUAAGUCGCUUUUAUGGUAUCUACCCAACACUCGUUAUCAAGGCAGUACAUGAGGAACAAGACGCCGAGUGGCACGCUGAUAAGGUGCGACAGGUACUUGACCGCGUGUCCGAUGAUGAUGCCCGCUUGAUGGGCUUCGACCCUCAACGUUGCCACCCACGGGAUCUUGUGCUCACUGUGCUUCCAGUUCCACCCCCGCAGGUGCGGCCCGCAAUAUCCUUCGGCGGUCUCAGGUCAGAUGAUGAACUCACGCAUCAGAUCAUGUCCAUUGUGAAACGAAACAACCAACUACGCAGGGAUAAGGAGUCAGACGUGCAGGCAGCAAUUGACCGGAGCCGGGCGUUAUUGCAAGAACAUGUGGCGACAUAUUUCAAUAACGCUUCCACAUACUAUAAGCCAACGAAGGUGAAUGACACAAAGAAGCUAAAGUCAUUAACGGAGCGCUUGAAGGGGAAGUACGGUAGACUGCGUGGAAAUCUAAUGGGGAAGCGGGUGGACUUCUCCGCUCGAACCGUCAUCACAGGCGAUCCGAACAUUGACGUGGAUGAAGUAGGUGUACCCUUUUCUGUCGCGAUGACGCUUACAUUCCCCGAGCGAGUGAACACAGUAAAUAAGAAGCGACUGACGGAGUUUGCCCGGCGCACGGUCUACCCGUCGGCGAAUUACAUACACCAUCCGAAUGGCACCAUAACAAAACUCGCGCUCUUGCGUGACCGCUCCAAGGUGACGCUAAACAUCGGUGACGUUGUGGAGAGGCAUGUGAUUAAUGGGGAUGUCGUCUUGUUCAACCGACAGCCGACAUUGCAUCGCAUGAGUAUGAUGGGCCACAGGGUUCGGGUUCUCAACUAUAACACUUUCCGGCUUAAUCUCUCUUGUACCACACCAUACAAUGCUGACUUCGAUGGUGACGAAAUGAAUUUGCACGUGCCGCAGAGUCUCUUAACGAAAGCAGAGCUGAUUGAAAUGAUGAUGGUUCCAAAGAACUUCGUCUCGCCCAAUAAGUCUGCUCCGUGCAUGGGUAUUGUGCAAGACAGUCUGCUGGGUAGUUACCGGUUGACGGACAAGGACACAUUCCUCGAUAAGUACUUUGUGCAAAGCGUGGCACUUUGGCUGGAUCUUUGGCAGUUACCCAUUCCCGCCAUUCUGAAACCCCGACCCCUCUGGACCGGAAAGCAGGUAUUUUCACUUAUCCUUCCUGAGGUUAACCAUCCAGCAACACCACAGGACCGGCCCCCCUUUCCUCACAAUGAUUCCGUAGUGAUGAUACGACGUGGUCAGUUGUUAUGUGGACCAAUCACUAAGAGUAUCGUUGGUGCUGCACCGGGGUCACUCAUUCACGUUAUAUUUAAUGAGCACGGAUCUGAUGAAGUGGCACGCUUCAUCAACGGCGUGCAGCGCGUGACGACGUUUUUCUUACUUAACUUCGGUUUCAGCGUUGGGGUUCAAGACACCGUAGCUGACAGUGACACCUUGCGGCAGAUGAAUGAUGUCCUCGUGAAAACACGGAGGAAUGUUGAAAAAAUUGGUGCGGCUGCCAACAACCGUACACUGAACCGCAAGGCUGGUAUGACACUUCUGCAGUCAUUCGAAGCAGAUGUCAACAGCGCACUGAACAAGUGCCGCGAAGAGGCAGCAAAGAAGGCACUGAGCAACGUCCGUCGCACUAACAGCUUCAAGGUGAUGAUUGAAGCGGGCAGUAAGGGUACAGAUCUGAACAUAUGUCAAAUUGCCGUCUUUGUUGGGCAACAAAACGUCGCGGGAAGCCGUAUUCCAUUCGGUUUUCGUAGGCGCACGCUUCCACACUUUAUGCUUGACGAUUAUGGUGAGACGUCACGCGGCAUGGCAAACCGUGGUUACGUUGAGGGUCUGAAACCGCACGAGUUUUUUUUCCACACCAUGGCUGGUCGUGAGGGUUUGAUCGAUACUGCGGUGAAAACCUCUGAUACAGGCUACCUGCAGCGUAAGCUUAUCAAGGCGCUAGAAGAUGUCCACGCAGCCUACGACGGUACUGUGCGAAAUGCAAACGAUGAACUAAUUCAGUUUAUGUACGGUGAAGACGGUCUUGACGGGGCCCGUAUAGAGGGUGGGCAGCUGUUCCCUCUUCCCUUUCGGGACGAUAAGGAGAUGGAAGACACGUACAAAUAUGAGUACGACGUGGAUGGCACCUUCAGUGGGAAGGUUGGUGGUAACUAUAUGGAUCCCCACGUUAGGAAGAUGCUACGCGCUGAUCCCCAAAAUGUUCGGAAACUUCAGGAAGAAUAUGAACAGCUUACGGCGGACCGCGAGUGGUCACGCAAAAUGCUUGACCUCGAGGAUCGUGAUAAACUGAAGCUUAACCUCCCUGUUAAUCCAGGUCGACUUAUCCAAAACGCGCGCAGUACUAUGGGCAAACGUAGUCAAGUGUCCAACCUGAGCCCCAUCACUAUUAUCGACCACGUGCGGAAGCUUCAAGAAGAUCUCAUGAAACUCUUUCCAUCUUACCACCGGGGAGGGGAUGGAUACAUCAGGAAUACGCUGAGUCGUGAGCGCAUUGAAAGUGCGCUUACUCUCUUCAACGUUCAUUUGAGGCAGCUACUUGCGUCAAAAAGGGUGCUGAAGGAAUAUAAACUUAACGAUAGGGCUUUUGAGUAUCUUCUCAAGGAAAUUAGAACCAAGUACCACCAGUCACUCACCACACCGGGUGAGAACAUUGGGGCAAUCGCUGCGCAGUCGUGUGGUGAACCUGCCACACAAAUGACACUUAACACGUUCCACAAUGCGGGAAUUUCCUCAAAGAACGUUACCCUCGGUGUGCCACGUUUACUGGAGCUUCUAAACGUCUCACGAAACCAAAAGCACGCGAGCAUGACAGUGUCUCUGUUUCCACCAUAUGAUGAAAAGCGAAAUGCGCAAAAGGCCCAGCAUCUCAUUGAAUACUGCACGCUGGAGAGUAUCACAAGGCGCAUACAGUUCAUCUACGACCCUGACCCACGUCACACCGUUGUGGAGGCUGAUCGUGACAUCCUAGAACUAGAGUGGAAUGUUAUGGAUGAAAGCGAUGCAGAGCUAAGAAUACAGGAGGUAGUAGCAGGUUCGCCAUGGGUGGUGAGGUUGGAGCUCGACGUGGAUAUGGUCACCGACAAGGCCCUCGAUAUGAAGGAUGUGAAGCAAGCUAUCCUGCGAGUGGAUGAAAGCUACAUAAUUGAAACGGGAAUGGCUAACAAUGUGCGCCAGCGGACCAUAAGAAUGCGGUCCAGAUAUAACGAAGGAGCUGACUCGAUCCCAAAGCUUAAGCGUGAAAUCCCAGCCCUUCUUGCGCGGGUUCACUUGCGUGGUAUUCCCGGUGUGCGUCGGGCGCUGCUGAAGGACACCACCGAAUUCACUGUAGAUCAGGCAACGGGGAAAAUGAGUGGCAACAAAAUAUGGGCAAUAGACACGGACGGCACGGCAUUGCGACGUGCUUUUAUUGGUGUCGUAGGUGAGGAUGGUAAGAACAUUAUUAAUGCGGUGAAAACGAGUAGCAACAAAGUGCCUGAGGUAUGUAGUCUUCUUGGUAUUGAGGCGGCGAGAUCAAAGAUGUUGACGGAACUUCGUGAGGCUUACCUGGCCUAUGGUCUCAAUAUUAACUACCGCCACUAUACUAUACUGGUGGAUACGAUAUGUCAGCAUGGGUACCUGAUGGCUGUUUCUCGCUCAGGAAUCAACCGCUCCGAUACGUCGGGUCCGUUGAUGCGCUGUUCAUUUGAAGAAACUGUUAAGGUGCUUAUGGCGGCUGCAUCUUUUGGCGAGUGCGAUCCCGUGCGUGGGGUAUCAGCAAAUCUUGUGCUCGGUAACCAAGCGCGCGUUGGUACGGGGCUUUUCGAUCUUGUUCUCAACAUGGCAGCGCUGCAGCAGGCUGUACCGCAGGCAGAAGCGGUUGCACCCGGAAAGGAUGUAAAUGUGUAUCACAGUCUCGGGUCCACGCUGCAGCAAAAUAUCCAAUCCUCCAUUGCGUACCGACCAAGAGAUCAUGAUGCAACACCGUUUGUAAACAAUGCCAGUCUGUUUCUCCGCCAGGGUUUCGGUGGGGGGUCCUCCUCCGCACCAGUAACGGCCUCGGCCCCAUACAACCCUUCGACGACGUACCACGGCGGUCGGCUCGAAGCGAGCGCAGUGCACAGGAGUCAAGCUUAUUCUACAUCCCCCGCUUUGGAAUACGGAGGGCGGGAAGCAAGCGCCUCACAAAUGUACAGCGUUAUGUCUUCCGCCAGCGCGUUCAACCCAGUUUCAACGCGGAUGUCGUCAGUGGCACACAGUUAUUCCGAAUACAGUGAAGCCUCUUCUUACCACCUGCAACACAGCGUGGCGCCAACUUCCAUGCAAGCUUCACUACCAAGAACCGACAACUCUAUGACCAUGCAAGGUAUCGGUAGUGUUUCAGUACCGUACACGCCCCAUGCCAUGUCCAGUGCUGCCCCACCGUCGCAGGUAUACGCCAGCACAGAAGUCGGCCGGUCGCACAGCGAGGACUCGCGGUCCCAGUCAGCUCUCUACGUUCCGACACUCUCACCCACCCACGCGGGUUACGCUAUACGAGGUGAUGAGCCAUCCACACAUCGUAGUGACUCAAAUGUCAUGUGGCGGGAGGCUGGCGGGGGAAGGGAACAGGAUGAGGAAGAUGACCUCUCCACGAAUUAUAUGCCCACUGCAAAGACACCCCAGCAGGUGGCACCGCCGACAGCCGCAGAGUUUGGGGACGAGGAAGAGGAAGAACAGUAA